AGCUGCCUUCAGUCGAUGUCGGAGCGCAAUUCGAGAAUGUUGAUUGCAAUUUUGCUGCUGAGUCUUGUCCUCCCCAGCAUGCAGGACAAUGCAACGAUCUCUGAAGAAGUGCCUGCAAUUUAUACAACCAAAGAUGGCUGCGAAUCAAUAUUGAAGGGAAACAACGAGUGCGAGUGCCAGGAUCAGCGCAUCAAAUGUGGAAUGGUUACCCUGAGCAGCUCCAAGCAGCUGUACAGUAUCAGUUGCAGCAUUUUCGAUGUACGCGGCUUUGGGUAUCUGCCACCGCUCAAGACCGGACGCAUUGGUCGGCUAAGUAUCGAAAACUGUGCAAUACCGAAUGGGCAAACCAUUCGCAACUUGAUUACGAAGUUGGGCAUAACCAACUAUACCGAACUGGAGCUCUCUAACUAUUUUGAGGCUCGCGAUGAGCGGGCUGAUCCGCUUGAGCAGCACUUCAUAAAUUAUCCAGGGCUCAAAAAAAUCUCGUUAAUUGGCUUUAAGGCUGAGCUGCCAGCAAAUUUCUUUGAGAAUGUCACAGAAAUAACGGAACUCACUUUAAAGGGUCGCAGUGAUUUGCCAGGCACCUUGCUGCAACCUCUAACGCACCUGAAAAGGUUAUCAAUUGUUGUUAGGAACAUGGCCAGCGUGGGCUCAGAGAUAUUUGCGAAGCAGACGCAGUUACUCCAGCUCUCCUUGGACUGUUCGCUUAAGAACAGCAGUGUGGACAUGUCUUUGCUAAGCUCCAAGGAACUGUGGCAUAUGACAAAACUACGCGGCUUUGAGCUGCACAAUUGCGGCGACAAUGUGCCUGCUGAGUUAUUUUGGAAGUCGGAAAAUCUAUCCUACAUUGGCAUACGUAGCAACAUCAGUUAUCUGGGCAGAGACUUCCUCAAAUCUCAGAAGCAACUGCUAAUGCUACACUUGGAGCGCAACAACAUUGCCCGCCUGCCGGAUGAGCUCUUCAGUCACUCGCCGUUGCUACUCGAAAUUCACUUGGCGCACAACAAUUUGGAUCGAAUACAGGGCGGCCUUUUCAAUAAGCUUAAGAAUUUGCUGGUAUUGAAUCUGGAGCACAAUCCAAUUACAACUGUUGCGUCCAAUGCAUUUUCGGCAGUUUCCACUGCACGAAUUUAUAUCGGAGAUCUUUUCAAGCAAAUCAAUAAUGCAGAUUGGGCGCGUUCUACCAAUGCUACGCUCUGUGAGGAGGAGUUUAUAAGUGGUGUUUGUCUCUAUUGCAAGCGCGAUGAGUAUCUGGAUCACUUUUCUGCCAAGGAAACCUGCAACAAGCCCAACGAUCCAGGAAAACUCAGCGAGGUCCUUAAUCGAAAAGUAUUCGAGCAUCGCCUACAUCGUCUACACACGCCCUAAACUAAUCUAAAAACUUUUCCAACGAGAGAGACAAUAACUCAAAAUAUAUGGACCGAAUAAUAAUUAGAUAUUAUAUUAAGUUUAUUGUUAAUGACAACUUGAAUUUACUUUUAUACA